AACAAGGUAACGGAUUAACCUAACGGUUUACCUUCAACAGCUGUGGAUGUUAUAAGACGCUCAUAUAAGGAAACGAAUGUGAGGGAGGAUUUUACUUCUACACAUUCAGGUCGUAGGCUGCGCUUUUCCACCAUGUUUCAUUUUGGGAUCAUGGAACAAAGACAGACAUGGAGCAAAUGGCCUAUGUGGAUUUCUCAUAUGAUAGUUUUGAUUACGCUGUGCAGCGGAACCUCUGCACAAUUCAGGUAUUCUAUCUCCGAGGAAGUGAAAGAAGGCACCAUUGUUGGAAACAUUGCGAAAGACUUAGGUCUGGAUAAAACAACACUGAAAGACAGAGGGUAUCGUAUUGUCUAUGGUUCGGCUGAGCCCCCUUUCCGCGUAAAUCAGGGUGAUGGUUUUUUGUAUGUGAACCGAAAAAUUGACAGAGAAGAAGAAUGUGAUCGAAGCAAGGUUUGUGUAAUCGACUUAAAAACGGUGUUGGAAAAUCCACUCGAGGUCCACUACGUAGCGGUGGAGAUUUUGGAUGUAAAUGAUCAUGCACCAAGCUUCCCUGAAAAUGAAAGAAUAAUAGAGAUUUUUGAAUCUGCAUUAUCGGGAGCAAGAUUUCAGUUACAAGCUGCUCGUGAUGCCGAUAGUGGUUCCUUAUCUGUUCAGCAGUAUAAGUUGAGUCACAACGAACAUUUUCGUUUGGAGGUAAAAGAUCGUGGUGCAGAUCGUAAAAUCCCUAGUUUAAUUCUUCAAAAGCCUCUUGAUAGAGAAUCUGUCAAGACGCAUAUGUUACUUCUGACAGCUAUUGAUGGAGGCAAACCUCCAAAAUCUGGAAACAUGACCAUAAUUGUUGAAGUUUCUGAUGUUAAUGAUAAUCCACCCGUUUUUACACAAGAUAACUAUAACGUUGAGCUAGAGGAAAAUUCUCCACUUGGAACGAUUGUUAUUCGAGUAAAUGCAACAGAUAUGGAUGAAGGUACAAAUGGAGAAGUUGUGUAUUCAUUUGGUAAUGAUGUAGAUGAACAAGUACGUGCACGUUUUGGUUUAGACCCAGUGACUGGAGAGAUUACUGUGGCAGGAUUAGUGGAUUUCGAAGAAAGUGGUAAAUAUGAAAUUGAUAUUCAGGCCUCUGACAAAGGUGCAGCAACGCUGACUACAGACAAAACUGUGAUAAUAAAUAUUAUUGAUGUAAACGAUAAUGCCCCAGAGAUUGAAGUGACAUCUUUUUCACGCGCACUUCCAGAAAACUCCAAACCAGGGACAACAGUCGCACUGAUUAGUGUAAAAGAUUCAGAUUCUGGACUGAAUGGUAAAGUAAUCUGUUACAUCAAUCAAAACCUUCCUUUUACACUAACUCCGUCUUUACAAAAGAACAUGUAUUCUCUAGUAACCAAGUCACUUUUAGACCGGGAGCUUCAAUCACAAUAUACUGUAACAAUUAUUUGUAAAGACGCAGGUUAUUUGUCCUUGUCAUCAAACAAAACUGUCAAUAUAGUUGUGUCAGAUGUGAACGAUAACGGUCCCAUAUUUAGUCAGAAUCCAUAUAAUUUCUACAUAAUGGAGAACAACACUCCGGGUGCCUCUGUAAUAUCAGUGACAGCCCACGAUGACGACGAAGGGAGUAAUGCCCUGAUUACCUAUCAUAUUUUACUGACAUCAUUUCUAAACAUUAACUCAGAAAAUGGAGACGUCAUAGCGCUGAAAAGUUUUGACUUUGAAACUCUGAAAACGUUCCAGUUCCAAGUUGUCGCCACAGAUUCUGGAACUCCGUCACUGAGUAACAACGUGACAGUGAACGUGUUCAUUCUGGAUCAGAACGACAACGCUCCAGUCAUUCUGUAUCCACUCAGCUCCAACGGUUCUGCUGAAGGUGUGGAGGAGAUUCCACGGAAUGUCAACGCAGGACACUUGGUGACUAAAGUCCGAGCCUAUGAUGCUGAUAUAGGAUAUAACGGCUGGUUACUGUUUUCACUGCAAGAAGUUACUGACCACAGUCUGUUUGGUUUGGACCGCUACACAGGACAGAUCAGAACACUUCGCUCAUUCACAGAAACAGACGAGGCUGAACACAAACUGGUCAUACUGGUCAAAGACAAUGGGAACGUUUCACUGUCAGCAACAGCUACUGUGGUUGUCAAAGUUGUGGAGCCAAAGGAGGCUUUUGCAGCUUCUGAUGUUAAAAGCGCAUCAAAGGAUGAUGACAGUAAUGUGACUUUUUACUUAAUGAUAACUUUGGGCUCAGUUUCAGCACUUUUUAUCAUCAGUAUCAUUGUUCUAAUUGCAAUGCAGUGCUCCAAGUCCACAGACUAUACAUCUAAAUAUUUAGAGGAUAAGAACUACGAUGGGACACUGUGUCACAGCAUCCAGUACAGAUCUGGAGACAAACGGUACAUGUUGGUUGGACCCAGAAUGAGUAUAGGAUCUACUAUAGUCCCUGGAAGUAAUGCAAAUACUCUGGUUCUACCUGACAGGAGAAAAGCAUCUGGAGAGGUAAGAAGUGCUAAACAUCCACUCAUUUCCUAA